CAACUUUCACCACCCUUAUAUAGACUUUCGUGGAGGCCCUCGAGCUCGAGGUCCAUACACUGUCGAGCCUAACAAACCGGUGUCCUGCACAGCACAGCAGCAGCUGCUGCUGUUGCAUCCUCCUCAGCAUGCCCCUUGUGGAAUGCAGAAUGCAAGGACAUGUUCGCCGUCCUCGUUCCUGAGGAUCCAUACUUGGCUUGGUCCCCACUCCCUGGGCCAAGAGCUCCCUCUGCUCCAGCAGACGGUAUGGAUCUGCCCUAGCUAUCGCCUCUGGUUGCUUGCUUGCAGCCAGCCGGUACUGCCGCGAUGCUUUCCAGCUCAGACUCGGCGCCUUUGCAGGAUAACUGGGGUACAUUGCAGCGAGGCCAAUGUCUCAUUCCUCCUACCCAUUCAAGUCGAUCGUCAUACAAUCUCUUGCCAGCACACGUUUGAAGGUGCAUGCUUAUGCAUUUCCCUUCGUCAAGAUUCUUACCCUUCCUCGUUAGCUCACAAACAACCACUCCGACCCUGGACUCUCAACAAUACCUCGAGAACCCGAUGGCAGCCACUUUCCGCCACCGUAUCUUGUCGUAUACCCUUUGCCACAAGCCCUACGGCCCCAGUCGUCCCUUCUCGUCGCCCUCACGCCUGACUCCGAAGACGCUCGUGCGGUAUGCGGGUGGCGUGGCAAGCAUUGUUGGGCUGGGGUCGACCCUCGAGUAAGGUUGCAGGGCAUAUGCAAUAGCAUGCUUCGAGCUGCAAGGGGUGGGGAGGUGUGGAUCAAAGAUCGAGGGUCUGUCAAUCAAUCCCUUUCCUCCUUGUUGUUCCCAA